UGCUGGAGACCUACAGCAACCUGGUGUCACUGAAUGUCCAGGUAGAUGAUGACCUCAUGGAGAGGAACCAAGAAAGUCAUGGUAGUAGAUGCUUGCAGCAAAUUGUAAUCACCAACAGCAACACAUCAGCUGAGGAGAAAGUUGUGUUAGGAAAAUCAUUUUAUUUGAAUUCAUAUCAUGUUUUAAAUCAGAUUAUACAUAAUGGAAAGUAUUCAGGAAAGGGAAAUGAGUUUUACAUAUGUCAGAAUGCACUUUUUCCUAGAGAGGCUGAUGAGAUGCCUGCUGGAAAGAAAUCUAAUGACGAUCAUAUAACUGGAAAAUUGCCCAGACAUCAUGAGUAUCUUAGUCAGCAUCCCAAUAUUCAAACUGGGAAGCAGACUUUAGAAUACAGUGGAAAAGGGAAAUCCUCCAAGACAGAGGCAAUAAUAUUUACACAUAAAAAGAUUGAUGUGGAUGAGACCGCCUAUAAGUAUAAUGAAUAUGGGAAAGGUAAGUCAGCUGUCAUUGUCCAAGAAAUAAAUCAGGUAGAAAGGAAAACUCUUCAAUGUGGUAUAUGUGGGGAAAUGUUCUGUGAAAAGUCUGGACUGACUAAACAUCAGAUUAUGCACACAGGAGAGAAACACUAUAAAUAUCCUGAAUGUGAGAAAUCUUUUGUUAAGAAACUGUACCUUACCUCCCAUCAAGGAACACCUAUACAGGAGAAUCUUUAUGGUUGUAACGAACAGGAGAAAAAUUUUUGUCAGAAGUCAGACCUUACAAUGCUUCAGGGAACUUACACAGGAGAACUGUACUAUGGAAGUAUUAACUGUGGAAAAAACUUCUGUGAGCAUUCACUCCUAAGCCAUCCUGAGAGAAUACACCCAGGUGAGAAACCAUAUGAAUGUAGAGAAUGUACAAAAUUUUUCUACCAUGUGUCAGCCCUCCCUGUAUAUCAGAGAGUUCACACAAGUGAGAAACCGUGUAAAGAACAUAAAAAUACAUUUUAUAGUAAUAAAUGUGGUAAAACCUUUCUCCAGAAUUCACACUGCAGCAGUCAUCAGAGAAUUCAUCCUGGUGAGAAACCAUGUGAAUGUAAGGAAUGUGGAAAAACUUUUAAUGAACACUCAAGCCUCAGCAUUCAUCCCACAGCUCACACAGGUGAGAAACCACAUGAAUGCAGAGAAUGUGGAAAAGCUUUUAGCCGAAAGUUUUCCUUAAGUGUUCAUCAGAGAACUCACACAGGUGAGAAACCAUACGAGUGCAAAGACUGUGGAAAAGCUUUUAGCCACAAGUCAAGCAUCAGGAAGCAUGAGAGAAUUCACACAGGUGAGAAACCAUAUGAAUGUCGAGAAUGCGGAAGAGCUUUUAGCCGAAAAUCAAGCCUCAGCAAUCAUCAGAGAAACCACACAGGCGAGAAACCAUAUGAAUGUAGAGAAUGUGGAAAGUCUUUUAGCCUAAAAGCAAGCUUCAGCACUCAUCAGAGAACUCACACAGGCGAGAAACCAUACGAGUGCAAAGAAUGUGGAAAAGCUUUUAGCCACAAGUCAAGCAUCAUGAAGCAUGAGAGAAUUCACACAGGUGAGAAACCGUAUGAAUGUAAAGAAUGUGGAAAGGCUUUUAGCAUGAAGUCAUACUUGAGCAUUCAUCAGAGAACUCACACGGGUGAGAAACCAUAUGAAUGUAAAGACUGUGGGAAACCUUUUGCCUAUAAGUCGGACAUCAGGCAGCAUGAGAGAAUUCACACAGGUGAGAAGCCAUAUGAAUGUAAAGACUGUGGAAAAGCUUUUACCCACAAGUUAUCCUUCAGCCUUCAUCAGAGAAUUCAUACAGGUGAGAAGCCAUAUGAAUGUAGAGAAUGUGGAAAAACUUUUAUCCAAAAGUCAUGCCUCAGUGUUCAUCAGAGAAUACACACAGGUGAGAAACCAUAUGAAUGCAAAGAAUGUGGGAACACUUUUAACCAGAAGUCACACCUCAUUAGGCAUCAGAAAAUUCAUACAAGUGAAAUACCAGAUGGAUGUAACGAAUGUACAGAAUUUUUCAGAAUUCACACAGGUGAGAAACCAUGUGAACUUAAGGAAUGUGAAAAAACUUUUAACCAAAAGUCAAGCCUCACCAUUCAGCAAAGGAGUCACAUGGGUGAGAAACCAUAUGAAUGUAUAGACUGCGGGAAAGAUUUUACCCACAAUGCAGGCAUCAGGAAUCAUGAGAGAAUUCACACAGGUGAGAAACCAUAUGAAUGUAGAGAAUGAAAACCUUUAAGCCAGAAGACAGGCCUCAGCAGGCAUGAGGUAAUUCAUACACAUGAGAAACCAUAUGAAUGUAAAACUGUGGGGAACCUUUUGCCCACAAGUCAGACAUCAGGCAGCAUGAGAAUUCACACAGGUGAGAAACCAUAUGAAUGUAAAGACUGUGGAAAAGCUUUUACCCACAAGUCAUCCUUCAGUAGGCAUCAAAAAAUUCAAACGGGUGAGAAACCAUAUGAAUGUAAAGACUGUGGAAAAGCUUUUACCCACAAGUCAUCCUUCAGUAGGCAUCAAAAAAUUCAAACGGGUGAGAAACCAUAUGAAUGUAAAGACUGUGGAAAAGCUUUUACCCACAAGUCAUCCUUCAGUAGGCAUCAAAAAAUUCAAACGGGUGAGAAACCAUAUGAAUGUAAAGACUGUGGAAAAGCUUUUACCCACAAGUCAUCCUUCAGUAGGCAUCAAAAAAUUCAAACAGGUGAGAAACCAUACAAAUGCAAAGAAUGUGGAAAAGCUAUUAACCAAAAGUCACACCUCAGCCAUCAAAGAAUUCACAUAGGUGGGAAACCAUGUGAAUGUAAGGAAUGUGGGAAAACAGUUUACUGGAACUCACGACAAUAUACAUGAACAAA